AUCAUCUUCUCUCUGGAUGCUAUGGUUUCCAUAGGCGUUAUUCGCCUCCUCACUUUUGCAGGAAUGAUCUCGGCUCUUGCGAUUCGCAAUGAGCGUAAGUAUACGAGAGCGCCCUUGCGCAUACAUCUCGAUUCUCCUGUACCCAGUGCGUAACCGUAUGCUGACCAUCGCGCCACAGCACAGUUUAAUUCAACGGUUGAGACGGCCCCAGCCACAAACACUGAUGUGCUCCCUGCUUGGUUGAUGACUAUCUCCUGGAAGCCGAAGGUCCACGGUGAAAGCAGUGCAGAUGGAUGGGAGACAAGUACGGCAGGAAGCAAUAGCAUAGUUCGCAUUGGAGCUACGGUCAGUGACUUCGAUCUGACGGUGCCGACUACCAAAAAGAGCCAUGGAUCCAUAGCUUCCGUCGCGACCGUCGACAUCGGUACCAUCAUCCAGACUCUUGUCCCAUCUACCACAUGGGCCAUUCCGACCGUGCACUUUGAGGAGUCUGCUUCUGGUUGGGAUGACGUGAAAUCAACAGUACACUACGAAAGCUCUGCAACAGGGUUUGGAGGUACAACUUCCGAGACCGCACACUGGGAAAGCUCUGCGACUGGCUGGGAUCAGACCGGUCAUCACGACUUGGUUCCACAGAGCACCAGAGUCAAGACCGUGGAAUUGACUGACGACUCAUGGACCAAGAAUCUACAGCCAUCGCAGACGGUAGCGCCAGCUGGACCGCAAAUUACGAAUGUGCCCAGCAAGACUAUCACAGACUUCCCGCCACCUCCUGCCAUCACACAUGACGGAGUAACACUCCACCUCGUUGCUGUUACGCGCAAACCGACUGUCACUCUGCCAGACGGCUUAGUGAAGUCGAGUUUCAAGUUGCUGUAGGGUCUUACACACUCAGCAUAGGCAACCCAAUCACCAUCAGCAAUAUUGUGUUCGAACUUACAACAGACACAGUCGGGUCGACCAUCUUACACGCCGGAGAUCUGACGACAACACUUCCACAACCCA